UUGUGACAGACGUUAUUCAGCUUCUAAAAGUAAAAGGUGCUGUAUAAGCUCGGCAUGUGGGAAGAGUGGAAUCAUACUGGAUCCAAAACGUCAACCCUUCUGCUCUCUACAGAUUUUAUCAGACCUGCUAAAUUCCUCCAGCACUUACUGUUUACAUUUCAGAUUACCAGUGUGUUGUAUUUUUCUGUUGUUGAUUAUUUGAUGUAUAGGUAAGAUGUGCGAAUUAUUUAGGGUCACAGGAAUCUUGGCAUCUAAGCAAGGACCCAUCAGUGUUUUUUUGUUAAUAUGGAGAAUGUGAUGAUUUUAAACUUUUUACAUGUUUAAUAAUUUAAACAUUUCAUGAAAGUUGUUAUUCUGUCACUCACUGUCGUAGUUUAUUCCUCCCUGUACUCAUUGACCUGUAUUGUUUGACACAGUUGGCCAGGUUCCAUUAAACUGCAUUUAAAUAGCAUUAUUCUUGUCUAUUUGAAUAAAAACACUGUAUUUUGAGUAAUUGUAUCUGUACUGAUCCCCUUAUCAUUCUUGAACUCAUGUAAGAAUCCAUCCUUGGCCCUGCUCCUCCUGUCCUGUCCCUCUGACAUCGUUCACAGACACACAUUCAGUUUCUAUGUGUAUCCCAAUGACAUUGUACCGUUCUGUCACUUAGCUCAGUCUUAUAUCACCUCUAUGCUGAGUUUCUGUCUGAUAUUGGCUCCUGAGUGAGUCAUAGUUUCCUGCAGCUAGCCCUGGGAGGACUGAAAUCAUUGUUUUAAGCCCUGGUCAUAAACAUAGGCUCCUUGUUGCUCACUUAUUCUCCUCCCCAGCCAUUCCAACCAGAGCAUGGAAAGCCUUGAUUUCAUGUUUGAUCAAGAGCUCAUCUUCAAACCCACAUGUUAUUUGCCACCAACACCCCUUAUUUCUACUUCUUCAAACUGCACUUGCCUCAAUCAUCCUGCUCUUAAAACUCAUGUCCGUACUUCCCCGAACCUCUAGACCAAUUUUCCCAAAUAUAUACCUUGCUCACCUGUAAACAUUCAACUUGUCAGAAACUGAUCCUGUACUUUCUCUGUGCACACUGUCUUUUUAUUCUCGCCUGUUCGUGGAUGUAACUGGCAAGGGCAACAUUAGUUGCUCAUUCUUAAUUGUCCUUGACCUGACUGAGAUGGCUUCAGAAACCAGAGGGCUGUCAAUGUAGGUGUGGGUCUGCAGUCACGUAUAGACUGCGGAGUGGAAAUAAUGGAGAUUGGUCCAGCACCUUCUGAGGUCUAUGAGCACUCCUGUGGCAGAAGAACACAACAAGGUGACAUUGAGGCAGUUGAAGCUCUCAUGUCAAUGAGCUGCAGCUGGAAAUCCGAUUCCAAAUGUUAUACUGAGAUGCGACCGCUGACCCCAGCAUCUGAUGUAUCUGAGGAAGCUGAAGAUAGUUUACAGCCCAGUUCUAGAGAUCUCCACACAUUUCCUCUGUUUUGUCUAACUCCACCAUACAGUCCACCUAAUUUUGAGGCACCUCAAAUAGUCCAUCCUGCAAUGCCAGUCCCUUCCACUGUAUUGCCUAAAGUGGAACUCCCUUUAUCCAGGCAAACUACCAGGGUCACUGAAGCAGCACUGCCAAUGAUCUCGCACAGUGCAAAAACAGUAACUGUAUCUACAAGACAACGGUCCCAAGCUACAAGUGUGAUUCGUCACACUGCCGAUGUUUUAGCCUGUACGAAUCAUUCUUGCCCAGUUCGGCUGACCCAGAGUUCUGCUGAUCAAGAAUCAAAAUAUGGGACAUCUCCAGUGAGCAGAGUUGAAGAGAAAAGAUUGGAAAAUUAUAGCAGUGGAUUGAACAAUUGUGCAUCACAUGAACUAAGUUCUUCAGUGCCAUCAUUCAGUGAAACCAAUAGACGGCUAAUGGUGAAAAAUGAAAGAAAAUAUUUAACACAGACUGUGAAUUGCACCCCAUUGUUGGGGCAAGUUCUGUUUUCGAGUUCCCAGUCUCCUGUCAUAACUCGGAAUCAGCAAGCUUCAACAUUAAUGUCUUCUUCAAUUUCCUCCAGUAUGCCAUCAAUGCCCAUCAUCUGCCAAGUGCUGCCUAUCAGUACAAAUAGCCCUGCCACAAAGCACCCAACUGUGAGCCCACCUGUUGUCUUCAUGGGAGCCCCAGUUUCCAAAGGUGCCCUAAUGUUUGUGGUACCACAGCCUACACUCAAGUAUACAAAACCACCGGUCAGUAGCCUGAAUGGCACCAGGCUUUCUCCUAUUGCACCAGCCCCUGGCAUCAUGCCACCUGUCCAGACAGUUGUUGCUCAGGUCGAUGUUUCUCGACACCGGAGUCACGUCUGUGAUCACCCAGGCUGUGGGAAAACCUACUUCAAAAGCUCUCAUCUGAAGGCGCACAUGAGAACACACACAGGUGAAAAGCCCUUCAGUUGUAAUUGGGAAGACUGUGACAGGAGGUUCGCUCGCUCCGAUGAGUUAUCGCGACAUCGCAGGACCCACACAGGCGAGAAGAAGUUUGUGUGCCCAAUGUGUGAGCGUCGCUUUAUGAGGAGUGAUCACCUGACUAAACACGCACGCCGGCAUCUUUCUGCUAAGAAACUCCCAAACUGGAAGAUGGAAGUGAGCAAACUGAGUGACGGUGCCUCACCAGCCCCUGCUCCUGAAACUGUGCAGCCUCACUGACUACAUUAUGCUGACAACCUCAAAAAAACACUUCCUUCAUUGGAAAAGUAACUCACUUCUGCAAGAUGUUUAAGGGAACACGAGUGGCAAGAUUAUGUGUACUAUGAAUGAUUUCUGUAUGACCAUGAGCAGAAUGUGCUGAACUGAGGUCACAGCCAUACAGGGAACUAGUAUGGACAGUAUGUAACACAAUCAGAAACCAGUGACCUGCUGCACCCAGAGAAAACAGUGCUUGUUUUAGCUUAUGUGACAGCACAGCUGAGAGAAAUGGGAAGUAUAGAGAGGGUUCUCUGUUUACAAGCCUAUCAACUGGCUUGAGAUGUCAAAGCUGUUCCUUUCUGUUGCUGUGCAUGAUUGCAAGGAGCAGUUAGUUGCUUGUCAGCUCAUUGGCACCUCAAACAAGCUUCAGUCCCAGUGAGUAGAGCGUGCGAGUGGACAGUAGCAUCAACUGGUUACUGUAUCAGCCUGAUAACAUGCCCACAAUCGGAUGUAAGGACCUGUAAAGAGCUAGUAUGUUACAUACAGCACUGAUCACGAUCCAUGUUGGUGAGAGGAAAAAAUAAUAGGAACUGUGGUGUCUGGUAGAAAGCAGCAGAGACCAGCAAGAAUGAACACAAUGAUGAUGUAGUUACCUCUGCCACUGAUUUUGCAGUAGAAUUAUGUCUCCAGGAUGAGCACCGACAAGGCAGGAUCACAUCAGCCACCUGUUAUGUGCCCAGUCCAUUGUUUGGGAGGCAGGUAUAUUGGAUGGGACCCAGAACAGGCUGAAGCAAUGCUACCAGCAUUCUGCACAUGCCCCAAUAAAUUUCAGCUCCAGUUCCUCUGAUUACUGGAAAUGGUGAGAUGGAGCAUAAAGAUUUCUCAGCAGAUGUAUGGAUUUAUAAGGCUUAUGAAAGUGAAUACUGUUAUUUUUGAGCUUAAUUUCUUUUUGAACGGGACUGCUAAAUUUACAAAAACAGGAAGUUAAAUUUUUGCAACUCUCCCUCUUUCAGAGAAAAGGUGGAAGUUUGUCAUAGGAUCUUUCCACAAACUGGGAUGAGGCUAUUGCUAGACUUUAUAAUAAAUCUUACCACUGUACGCCUUCAGAAAAUUGUACACACUUAUGGUAUUAUUUAUUUCAAACCAUUAAUAGUAACUACUUAGGAAUUUUGUUACUGAACCAAUACAUGGAGGAAUUGCACAUUACCUCCUUUGUUCACAGUUUGCAGAUUGUGAUGCAAAUGUGUAUAUGUGCAUCAGUAUUUUCCUGUAUUCUGCAUUACAGAAUAUAAUUGUAUGUCUUAUUUCUCCAUUUACAGUGGCAUUGUCUUGAAUGGAAUGUCCCCUCUGUGAGGACAACAUCUCAUUCAGUUAACUACAAUCCUUUUUAUCGAGCAAAGUAAAGAACCUGAAAGCUUAAUUGUAACUUGCUUUAAGAGUAUUUACUUAAUGGUGCACCUUUUCUAUGAUUUAACUACAAGAAUUUUUCUUUCAUAAACUU